AUUUGUUUGGAAAGUAACAAAUAAAAGUAAGUAAAGGGCUUUCAAUUUUGGCACGUGUAGAAUUCCUGAUAGGUUAGCUUAGGUUAUUCGGAUUCAAUAGUGAAGUACAGCGUAUUAUGAAAAGUUGCCCGUUAAUUAGCAACGGGGCCGAAAUACAGAACACCGGUUCGUCUUAAAUUACCGAUUCGAAAUAGGAGGGAAAACCAAAAGGAAAACACACACACACACACACACACACACACAGUGAGUCUGCUGCUGUGGUUAGGGUAAAUGAUCGAAUGGCGAAUCUGUCGAGCCUGGUGCACGAGCUCCGAGAACGCAUAGCGGCAUCGUCGUCAACUCCUCUCAACAAGGAAAACGACGAAGUUUUGGAGUCGCGAUUCCGCACUGUUCUCCCCAAUCUCAUCCUGACCUAUAUCGACGCUUCUUCUUCCGCCAAAGAGAGGGAGGUGAUUGCAGUGCUCAAAUUAUUGUCACACACAGCAAAGAAUUUCCCGGGAGUUUUCUUUCAUGGGAAGGCGAAUGCUGUGCUUCCUGUUAUCGGUCGCAUUUUAUGCUUCUUUGCUGAACCUGUAUUUCGUUCACGACAUGGAGUAAUUUUUGAGACCAUAGGAUCCCUGCUAUCCUUGCUCCGCACAGGUGAUCGGGAUGCAUACCGCCAAUUCUUUAUGGAUACUAUGUCAUUAACUGAAGAUCUCGCAUACGUUGCCUCAAUUUGUGAUGAGAGAACGUCAGUAGGACCAAAGAGAUUGUGGUUGAAGUCUUUCUCUGAGUCUUUUGCCAGAAUCCUCGAUGACCCUGCCCCUGCCCUUCUCCGAGAUCUUCCAAUAUCUAACAGGCCGACCAAUGGAGAAGGAAUAUUAGUUGAUCUUACGGGAAAAGAAAGGUUUUUAGGCUUUGCCACUUCAGCCAUCAAGCUUCUAUAUAAAUGCUUAACUGAAGGAACUUUAUAUGUUGAGGGGCUUUUGGAUGCGUCCUGUGUUUUGUCUGUCUGCAAUCUUUUGUGCUGUGGAGAUGAUGAUCUGCACAUGGCUUGUUUUGACUUUGCACGGCUCAUUGGAGCAGGGAAAAAUUGUGAGAUUGUUCCAACUGAAAAAGUAAUACAAUCAAUGACAAUCAUACUAAGCGGAGAUGUUGUAGGAGUUUCAGUAUUCAGAAGUGCGGAUUACGACUCUUUACUAGGAGGAUGUCUUCAGUCCUUGCAUUCUGGUUGUCCUGAUGAUGUCGUCAGGUCGACAGCAGCUGAUAUAGUGCACAUUUUUCCGGAGUCAAUGCUGAAGACAAGGAGCUCGGAGCUCAAGGCUGGCCUGUGCAGUGCAUAUGUUCGAAUUGCAAAAACAUGUCCGCCGCAUUCCUGGAGGCCAGAAUGUCUUAUUUCUAUGCUUUAUUCUUCCCCGUCCACUUUUCACUUAAUAGACUGCUUCAAAGUUGCUGUCUCCAGGCUUGGUCAUAAUCUUAUUGGAGGGGUAGUGACUGGUGAUAAUCACACUGGUCUGUCAGAGACAAGAGUUAAUGCAUAUGAAAGCUCAAAUACUGGGGGCAAAAGACCUGUUCAGGAUAGAGAAACUUUGGAAACAAAGCGCCAAAAGAUAGAUACUGGCGCUACAUGUCGGGAUAUAUGCAAGUUUGUUAGUAGUUUUACUGGAGUUGGAGAAAAAGAAUAUGCUGAUUAUAUGUGUACCUCAUUGAAUCUAUUACUUGAGAGUCUAAAACCUCCCGGGGAGAACUCUAAUUUAUUGAGGACAGAAAUUGCACUGACAGCUAUUAGCACACUAUGUAUCGUUUUUUCUGAACACCCUCAUGCCAGCCUUUCCAUUUGCAUAUUUAGGCUGAUGUGCAAGUGGAUUGGUUGGAUGUCCCAGCAGACGGAGCAAGAACUUCCCUUUCCUCUUGAUCUAUGCAUCUUCUUUGAAGCAGUUCAUAGCCUACUGCUUUUGCAAGCUAAAGAGGAUAUGCUCAUGAUCUUUGAAAAAGCUGAUGAUAUUGGAGAUUUCUUGCGAGAAGUGCUAAAGCUUCCGUGGAACUAUGCUCCUUCAGUAAUAGAAUCUCAUCCUCCCAGCAAGGCAAAAUGUCUCUCAUCUCGCAUUAUGUCCAUGAUUGGGAGUAUAACACUGCAUGGAGUGGAUCUCGAUGUUCUGGACUUGGCACUUCAUGAUAAAGAAGAAGAAGUUAGAAUUGAAGCUGUCAUCUCUAUGCCAGUGAUUGUUGUAUUCUCUGGUUUUGAUUUUCUGACACAUAUGUUUACCAGGCUGGAGACCCUAAAGAAAGAGAACAAUGAGCAAGUCAAGAAAAUUAUUCCCAUUUCUCUUGGUUAUCUGGCAUGCUUAUACGGAUAUUGCAAUGGUGUAGCUGGACUUCCGGAAGUAGAAUGCAAAAUAUACUUGCAGAAUGACAAGGAGAAAAAUGACUUGCCUAUAGAUCAUCUGCUGCAAGGGAUUUGGUGUUCAAAGUGUGACAGCAGUGCCACAGUCAAAUAUGGGUCAUGUUCAACAGUUCCUUUGCCUAGCAUACGCAAAAAAGAUUUUAUUUUGGGUUGUGACUAUACCUAUUUGCAGUCUCUCUUUUUUGAGCUCCUCUACGAUGAAUCAUCAGAAGAAGUUCAAGUUGCAUGUGUAAGAGUGAUUCAGCGAAUUCUUUUGCAUGGAACUGAAGAUGUUUUGCUUAAGACAAGAUCUCAAUGGGUAAAAUGUGUAGAUUUUUUACUCCUUCACAGGAACAAAAAUGUGAGACAAGCAUUUGGCUCGCAGAUUACUUUCUUCCUCCAGGAGCCUAUUUUGGAAUAUUUUUUUUUAUGUAAGGAUGUAGCUCCAAACAAAUCUAAAGAGCAGAGAUUCAUGGACAGAAUAAAACAUGCUUUGGCAGCUGCUGAGGAUCCUCUGGUUUUUGAAACCCUUAUAGAAACGGCAGCAACAAUCAUGCAAGCUGUUGAUAGUCAUAGUCAACUCUUUUUGUUCUCUCUUAUUUUAUUGAUUGAUCAGCUUGGCAAUCCUUAUGUUACAGUGAGGCUAAUCGCCUCAAAGUUGAUAAACAGAUCUUGCUGCUUACAUCACACAGGGGGACUUGAAGGACUCCUAGCUAAAGUUCUUCAUAUCCAAAACGAAUUGUAUGAUUAUCUAUGUAUGAGGCUUGCCAAUCAGCCAAAAAUGAUCGAAGAAUUUUCAGCAGCUGUUCUUGGUGUUGAAACUGAAGAACUUGUCAAGAGGAUGAUUCCUGUUGUUCUUCCCAGACUUGUGGUCCUCCAGCAUGAUAGUAAACAAGCAUUAGCAACGUUAGAUAUGUUGGCUAAGUGUUUGAAGACAGAUACGGUUCAACUUAUUGUUAAUUGGCUGCCCAAAGUACUUGCUUUUGCUCUUCAUCAAUCUGACGGGCUGGAACUGAAAUCCGCUUUGCAGUUCUACCAUGAUCAUACUGGAUCUGAUAGUCAAGAAAUUUUUGCAGCUGCUUUACCUGCACUCUUAGAUGAACUUAUAUGCUUUACGGAUGUUGACGAUGCAGAAGAAAUAAGUAAAAGGUUAGGUCGGGUACCUCGUAUGAUUAAAGAAGUUGCGAAAAUUCUUACUGGUAGUGAAGAUCUUCCAGGAUUUUUGAGGAACCAUGUUGUUGGUUUGCUGAAUAGCAUUGAUAGAAAAAUGCUUCAUGCAGAGGAUGUAUCAUUGCAAAAACAAGCCAUCAGACGGAUAGAGAUGCUGAUUAAAUUGAUGGGCUCCCAUCUUAGCACAUAUGUACCAAAAAUUAUGGUUCUUCUCAUGCAUGCUAUCCAUAAGGAAUGGCUUCAGCGUGAGGGUCUUUCUGUAUUGCAUUUCUUCUUAAAGCAGUUAGCUAUUUUGUCUCCAUCUAGCACUGAACAUGUCAUUUCUCAAGUUUUUGCUGCUCUCGUGCCUUUCUUGGAGAGAGAGACAGGAAGUUCAUCUUCCCAUAUGAAUAGUAAGAUUGUGGAGAUAUUGGAAGAACUCGUGGUUCAGAACAAGGAUAUUUUGAAGCAGCAUAUCCGUGAAUUCCCUACUGUACCCAAUGUUCCUGCCCUGUCAGAAGUGAACAAGGUGAUUCAAGAAGCACGUGGGUUGAUGACCCUGAAAGAUCAAUUACAUGGUGUUGUGGAGGGAUUAAAUCAUGAAAACUUGAAUGUGAGAUACAUGGUCGCAUCUGAGCUAAGCAAGUUGUUGAACCUGAAAAGGGAGGAGUUCAUGGCUUUGUUAACAAAGGAAGGGGAUUUGGUUAUGGAUGUAAUGAGUUCUUUGAUAACAUCACUGCUAAAAGGAUGUGCAGAGGAGUCUAGGACUUCAGUUGGACAGCGGUUGAAGCUGAUAUGUGCAGAUUGCCUUGGAUCCCUUGGUGCUAUAGAUCCUGCCAAAAUCAAGGGAUUUUCCAGCACACGCUUUAAGAUUGCAUGUUCUGAUGAUGAUUUGAUUUUCGAGUUGAUCCAUAAACAUCUGGCGAGGUCUUUCAGAGCUGCACCUGAUACCAUCAUUCAAGAUUCAGCUGCAUUGGCUAUUCAGGAGCUGCUAAAAGUUGCAGGAUGUGAGGCAUCGCUUGAUGAGAAUGUUUUAGAACGGACUAAAGGCAAACAACAUCUGAAGGUGGGCAAAUUUUCCAGCAGGGGCAUGGAUGACUGCAGUGAAAUGAUGUUAGGUAGGGGCCAGAUAUUAUGGGACCGGUUCUCUAAUUAUGUCAAAGAGAUAAUAGCCCCUUGCUUAACGUCAAGAUUCCAACUCCCCAAUGUUUCAGAUUCAGCUGCUUCUGGUCCUAUAUACCGGCCUUCGAUGUCAUUCAGAAGAUGGAUAUAUUUUUGGAUCAAAAAAUUAACUGCACAUGCCACUGGUUCUCGGUCUACAAUUUUUAAUGCUUGUCGAGGUAUAGUGCGUCAUGAUAUGCAAAUAGCCAUCUAUCUUCUGCCCUACUUGGUUCUUAAUGCUGUUUGUGAUGGUACUGAGGAGGCACGCAGUGGUAUAACAGAGGAAAUUUUAUCAGUUCUUGAUGCAGCCACCUCAGAUAGUAGCACUCCUGCUGUUCAUAGUACUAAUUUUGGGCAAAGUGAGGUGUGCAUUCAAGCUGUAUUUACUCUUCUCGAUAAUCUAGGCCAAUGGGUGGACGAUGUUGAGCAAGAACUUGCCCUUUCCCAGCCUCUUCAGUCGUCCAACUCUAAGAAAGAAGCUAACAAGUUGAAGGACCAGAGUAUGGCUCUUCUGAAGGAUUCAAACCAAGUGCUUACACAAUGCAAACAUGUCUCAGAACUCCUAGGUGCAAUUCCUAAGAUUACCCUUGCUAAGGCCUCAUUCAGGUGUCAGGCUUAUGCAAGAUCUUUAUUAUACUUUGAGUCUUAUGUGCGGGAAAAAUCGGGAGCUUUCAACCCUGCUGCCGAAAAGAGCGGUGUUUUUGAGGAUGAAGAUAUAUCAUUUUUAAUGCAAGUACAUAGUGGAUUAGAUGAGCCAGAUGGCUUAUCUGGUCUGGCAUCUUUACGUAAGUCAACAAGCUUACAAGACCAUCUCCUGAUUAACAAAAAGGCAGGAAACUGGGCUGAAGUUUUAAAUUCUUGUGAGCAAGCUCUGCAGAUGGAAUCCUUUUCUGUUCAGAGGCAGUCCGAUGUUCUUAACUGCUUGCUCAACAUGUCCCAUUUACGGGCAAUGGUAACUCAUGUAGAUGGUUUAGUUUCUAGGAUUCCUCAGUAUAGGAAAACAUGGUGUACCCAAGGGGUUCAAGCUGCCUGGAGGCUUGGGAAGUGGGAAUUGAUGGGUGAGUACCUCAGUGGGGCUGACGAAGAAGGUCUACUUUGUAGCAGCUCUGAGAGUAAUGCUUUUUUCGACAAGGAUGUUGCAAAGAUUCUUCAGGCAAUGAUGAAAAAGGAUCAGUUUUCUGUUGCAGAGAAAAUUGCGUUAUCUAAACAAGCUCUGAUCGCUCCUCUUGCUGCUGCUGGGAUGGAUUCUUAUGCACGGGCAUAUCCAUUUGUUGUGAAGCUUCACUUGCUCCGAGAGCUUGAGGAUUUCAAUUCUCUUCUUAAUGGUGAUUCUUUUUUGGGGAGGAGAUUCCGACUAGACGAACCAGAAUUCUCAAGGACACUGGAAAACUGGGAAAGCCGACUGAAACUUACCCAACCAUCUUUAUGGGCAAGGGAGCCACUCUUGGCCUUCCGAAGACUUGUUUUUAGUGCCAGUGGUUUUGGUGCUCAAGUUGGGAAUUGCUGGAUACAAUAUGCAAAGCUUUGUCGUUCAGCUGGUCACUAUGAAACUGCAAAGCGAGCAAUUUUGGAAGCCGAGGUCGCAGGAGCACCUAAUGUUCACAUUGAGAAGGCUAAGCUUAUGUGGAGCACCAGGCAGACCGAUGGCGCCAUUGCAGAGCUGCAACAAUCCCUUCUCAAUAUGCCUGUAGAGGUUGUUGGCCCUGCUGUUAUAUCAUCAAUCACCAGCCUUUCUGUGGUUCCUGUGAAUCCUCCACCUCUGCUAUCUGAUACUCGGUGUACGAAUGAGAAUCUAAAUGUAGCAAAGACACUACUCCUUUACUCAAGGUGGAUCCAUUACACUGGGCAAAAGCAGAAGGGAGAUGUGACCAAUCUAUAUUCUAGGGUUAAGGAAUUGCAGCCAAAGUGGGAAAAGGGAUACUUCUACAUGGCGAAAUACUAUGACGAAGUACUUGUUGAUGCUCGGAAACGCCAAGAAGACAGUAACGACCAAUCUGUGAGAUCAAUGUCGUCUAAAAUAGGCGAUGUUGCAUCUAAAAAUGUAAAUUCUGAAGAGAAGUGGUGGACUUACCUUCCAGAAGUGCUGUUGUGUUAUGCCAAAGGGCUUCACAGGGGUCACAAUAAUCUAUUCCAGGCCCUGCCGAGGUUGUUGACAUUAUGGUUUGACUUUGGGAGCAUUAAUUACAGAAGCAAUCCCCAAUCCAGUAAAGAUAUGAAGAAUGUUCAGGCGCAUGUCAUGAGAGUCAUGAGAGGGUGUUUGACCGGCCUGCCGACCUACCAAUGGUUGACUGUCUUGCCUCAACUGGUGUCGAGGAUUUGCCACCAAAAUGAAGAAAUUGUCCGCUUGGUGAAGCACAUCAUUACUUCAGUUCUUCGGCAGUAUCCCCAGCAAGCCCUUUGGACCAUGGUAGCUGUUACAAAAUCUACAGUUCCUUCAAGAAGAGCGGCUGCUGCAGAGAUUAUACAAGCUGCCAGAAAAGGAUCCAGUCAAGGAGGUCCUAACUCUAUGUUUGUGCAAUUCGCUACCUUAGUAGAUCAUCUGAUCAAGUUAUGCUUCCAUCCAUGCCAAACAAAGUCGAGGACAAUCAACAUUUUAACUGAGUUUAGUGCCCUGAAGAGGAUGAUGCCUGUGGAAAUUGUAAUGCCAACCCGAGAAUCUCUUACUGUUAACCUACCUUCAUAUGAUGUGAAUCUGACUGAGUCUGGUACAUCUGAUAUAUUUUCAUAUUCAGACUUGCCAACAAUAUCCGGAAUAGCAGAUGAGGCUGAAAUUCUAUCAUCACUUCAGCGUCCAAAGAAAAUCGUUCUGAUGGGUAGUGAUGGAACUGAACGGCCAUUUCUCUGUAAACCAAAGGAUGACCUUAGAAAAGAUGCACGUAUGAUGGAAUUCAAUGCAAUGAUAAACCGUUUACUAUCCAAAAGCCCUGAAAGUCGUCGUCGGAAGCUUUAUAUUCGUACAUUUGCUGUGGUACCAUUGACAGAAGAUUGCGGUAUGGUGGAGUGGGUGCCGCAUACUCGUGGUCUCCGACAUAUUAUCCAGGAUAUCUAUACAAGUGGUGGAAAGUUUGAUAGACAGAAAACAAAUCCUCAAAUUAAACGUAUUUAUGAUCAAUCACAAGGUAAAAUGGCAGAAGAUGAAAUGCUAAAGACCAAAAUUCUGCCAAUGUUCCCUCCAGCUUUCCACAAAUGGUUUUUGAACACAUUUUCAGAACCAGCAAUGUGGUUUAGGGCUCGCAUUGCCUAUGCACAUACUACUGCAGUUUGGUCAAUGGUUGGGCACAUUGUUGGCCUUGGGGAUCGUCAUGGUGAAAACAUUCUUUUUGACUCUACCACAGGAGAUUGUGUCCAUGUUGAUUUUAGUUGCUUGUUUGACAAAGGCCUCGAUUUGGAUAAGCCAGAAUUGGUGCCUUUCCGACUGACACAGAACAUGAUUGAUGGGCUGGGCAUCACUGGAUAUGAGGGCACCUACCUGAAGGUUUGUGAGAUUACACUUGCAAUUCUAAGGGCGAAUAAGGAGACACUCAUGAAUGUUUUGGAGACUUUUAUUCAUGACCCUCUUGUGGAAUGGACUAAAUCUCACAAGUCUAGUGGAACUGAAGUACAAAAUCCAUAUGCACAGCGAGCCAUCAAUAACAUAGAAGCACGUCUGCAAGGAGUUGUGGUUGGUGUAGGAGCAGCACCAUCUUUGCCUCUCGCUGUAGAAGGACAAGCUCGCCGUCUAAUUGCAGAAGCAGUUUCCCUCAAAAACCUUGGAAAGAUGUAUAUAUGGUGGAUGCCUUGGUUUUGAAGAGUUCCCCUUCUAGGUUUCUCUGUGUCUUGCCCCAAAAAUCAUGCUGAAAACUGGAGAAGCUGGAUAUUUUGCUGUACUUUGGUUACCACUGUAUCUUCAAAUUUGUAUUUAGGUACCUCUCUUUUGAAUCCUUAGUAUAAUUGAUAAACAAACAACUCCAGAACAUCUUCUCAUCUAUAAAUAUGUAUAUAUGCCUAUCCUUUUUAUUUCCGGUUCUGUUUGAUUUUUAAUACCUUCACAAAUGCAAAAAUAUGUUUUAGCUGGGUC